AUGGUAGAAGCAGCAGAGGGCAACCCCACGACGUGGAAGUUCACACAGUGCUUCGGUGACAAGGGCGAUGUUGAAGAUAUAACAGAAGCGGACAUUAUUUCCACUGUCGAGUUCGAUCAGACGGGUAACUAUCUGGCGACAGGUGACAAGGGUGGUCGAGUGGUCCUCUUCGAGAGGAAUGAAACGAAGAAGACUUGCGAAUACAAAUUCCACACCGAGUUCCAGUCGCACGAGCCUGAGUUUGAUUACUUGAAGUCCCUCGAGAUCGAAGAAAAGAUCAACAAGAUCAAAUGGUGUCGCCGCCAAAAUGCGUCGCAUUAUCUUCUGUCCACAAACGACAAGACGAUCAAGCUCUGGAAGGUGUUUGAGAAGUCGCUGAAAGUUGUUGCGGAGAACAAUCUAUCACACGAGUUGACGCCCGGAGGUGGGGUUGCUGGUGGAGGCGGUCCUGUCAGGAACCCAAACGCACACUUCCGCGCCGCUACCGACUUAAAACUACCUCGCCUCACCCACCACGAUACCGUCGUCGCUGCCGUACCGCGAAAGACAUACGCAAACGCGCACGCCUACCAUAUCAACAGUAUAUCUGUGAACAGCGAUGGCGAGACGUUCAUCAGUAGCGAUGACUUGAGAAUCAACCUUUGGAACCUGAAUAUUCAGGAUCAGAGCUUCAACAUAGUCGACAUCAAGCCCGCUAACAUGGAGGAGCUCACAGAGGUCAUAACUGCAGCAGAAUUCCACCCCAUCAGCUGCAACUGGUUCAUGUACGCCAGCUCUAAGGGCACGAUCAAAUUGGCAGACAUGCGAGAGAGUGCCCUGUGCGACCAGCAUGCAAAACAAUUUGAGCAGGAAGAAGAUCCGUCCUCCCGCUCUUUCUUCUCUGAGAUCAUCUCUUCGAUCUCUGAUGUUCGCUUCUCUCACGAUGGCCGCUACAUCCUCUCACGCGACUACCUCACCGUCAAGAUUUGGGACGUAAACAUGGAGCGGACCCCUGUCAAGACAAUCCCCAUUCACGAGCACCUGCGACCUCGGCUGUGCGACACUUAUGAGAACGACAGCAUUUUUGACAAAUUCGAAGUUGUCUUCUCCGGUGAUGCCAAGAACGUCAUGACAGGCAGCUACAAUAACAACUUCAUGAUCUACCCAUCUGAUCCUGAAAAGGACACAGAGGUGGUUCUGCAGGCAGACAAGUCGGCUUUCAAGGCUAAGAAGGUUGGCAUUCCCACACCGAUGAACUCGUCAACAAGCCCAACAGGUGGAAAGAAGGGUGGUUCAAGAGCCGGCAGCCCUGCUGCUGGUGCAGCUGGGCAAGGUCAGCGCAUGAGGAAAGAGACAGAUGCGGAUCAGAUCGAUUUCAACAAGAAGAUCCUGCACAUGAGCUGGCAUCCAUUCGAGGAUAGCAUUGCUAUUGCAGCAACCAACAACCUCUUCGUCUUCUCGGCGUUGUAA